UCACACUGUAAAAAUAAUUUGGUGUAACGUCAUCCUUCUGAAGCUGUAGGAUCGUGUUAUGCUUGGACGUAUAUGGAAAAAAAUUGAGGAAGAUAUCAAUCAACCACGUGCAUAGUGCUCACGCGCAACUGGUGCUUUUUUAUAAUCAAUAGCCAAAUAAAAAAUAAGCAUAUUUUAGACAUUUUUACUCGAAACCCACAUAGCAAACUAAUAGUGGUGACUCUACGAUACAGUCCUGCCACCCCCGUCGCUUCCGCUAGGCUGCGUUCUGCUGAUGGGAGACUCCUAACGGGAAAGCGCGGAGAGAAGAAGACCGAGAGGGAGGGAGAGAAAGGCACAAGAUGCAUGCAAGCUAGCGGUCAGCUAUGUGAGGAGACUGGUAAAAGCGCUGGAAGAAAAGCGUUGGACCCCUCAGGCGAAAGUAUACAAUGCAAAACGUAAACAAAAUCAAUGUGUGGUUUCAAUUAGGUUUAGCCUUGGACGAGGGGAAAUGAAAAGGAUUUCCUCCAAACAAAUAACUUGUGGGAGAUAAAGGAAGGAGGUCGCAACUCUGCCUCCAAUGUUUAAUAAAAGAAUCAUUAGAGCACACACCCCCCCCAGAAUGCGCUGAAUUCCGUCGGAGACUUCUAAACAGCGAUGUUUUCGGAACUGGCUGUGCUGCGUGUGUUUGGUGUGAAGAAGCUGCGGCAUUGAUCGCUCCCAGCGAGUGCAUUUUACAGCCGCAGAGCGCCGAGAGAAAACAAACACAGUGCCGGAUAAAUAAGACAACCAUCUUCCCGGUCGGAACAGUGGUUUGGGGGUAUUCCAGUGCUACUUUCUUCCCCUUGCCUGUAGAAAGCUGCACAAACUUUCCAAAUGGCACUCGUGAUGGAACCUGUUAGCAAAUGGAGCCCAAGUCAGGUCGUAGACUGGAUGAAAGGUCUGGAUGACUGUCUGCAGCAGUACAUCAAAAACUUUGAGAGGGAAAAAGUGGGUGGGGACCAGCUGCUGCGUAUUACCCAUCAGGAGUUGGAAGACUUGGGUGUGUCCCGCAUUGGGCAUCAGGAGCUCAUCCUGGAGGCUGUGGACCUCCUCUGUGCUUUGAACUAUGGGUUGGAGACAGAGAACCUGAAGACCCUUUCGCAUAAGCUCAAUGCCUCUGCCAAGAACCUGCAGAACUUCAUCACAGGCCGCAGACGAAGUGGACACUACAAUGGCCGCACAACGCACAAGCUGCCCAAUGACUUCCUAACAUCAGUUGUGGACCUCAUCGGGGCUGCCAAGAGCCUCCUGUCCUGGCUAGAUAGGUGUUCCUUAUUUUUCAGGUCUCCCUUUGCAGCUGUGACAGAUUAUUCUGUGACCAGGAAUAAUGUGAUCCAGCUCUGUCUGGAGCUCACCACCAUCGUACAGCAGGAUUGUACCGUAUAUGAGACAGAGAAUAAAAUUCUACAUGUGUGCAAGACGCUGUCUGGAGUGUGCGACCACAUCAUCUCCCUUUCCUCUGAUCCACUGGUCUCCCAGUCUGCCCAUCUGGAGGUGGUCCAGCUCGCCAACAUGAAACCCACAGAGGGACUGGGCAUGUACAUCAAGUCAACAUAUGAUGGACUGCAUGUCAUCACUGGGACGACUGAGGGAUCCCCAGCUGACCAAUGUAAGAAGAUUCAUGCAGGGGAUGAGGUGAUCCAAGUGAACCACCAGACUGUAGUGGGCUGGCAGUUGAGAAACUUGGUAAACUCUCUGCGUGGAGACCCCAGUGGUGUGAUGCUAACUCUGAAAAAGCGGCCACAGAGCACACUCACCUCCGCCCCAGCCUUACUUAAGAACAUGAGAUGGAAGCCCCUUGCCCUUCAGCCCAUUAUUCCCAGGACCCCCACCAGCGGUGCAGCCACACCCACCAGUACCAUCAGCACUCCAUCUAAGCGGGACAGCUCUGCUCUGCAGGAACUCUACAUCCCGCCUCCCCCAUCAGAGCCCUACACACCUAGGGAUGAGAAGGGGAACUUGCCCAGCGAUGACAUUUCACGUCACCAUGGCAGCAUCCCUGUUACCAAGGGCUCGGAGUCACCUAACUCCUUCCUGGACCAAGAGUAUCGCAAGCGUUUCAGCAUGCUGGAGGAGGAGGCAGUCCUGUACUGCCAUGAGUAUGAUAAGAACCGCAGGGCUCCCCAUGGCUGCAGGGAAAGCACCCCCACAUAUGGUAGACUAAGGCCUAUUUCCAUGCCUGUACAGUACAACUGGGUGGGAGACUAUGAAGACCCCACAAAAUGGAGGAGGGAGGGGAGGAGAGAGAACUCCAUGAUGUGCUAUGUGAGCAAGGACAAGGCCCUCCCUGAAGAGUAUCUAACUGGGCGCAGCAGCAAGCAAGACACAGGCAAAAGGAGCAAAAAGAAGAGUGAGAAGGGAGGCAGACCCAGUCACUAUGCUCUGCUGCCAUCUCUGCAGAUGGAGGUGCUGAGGCAGGAGUCCCUCUCCUCUCCCAGCUCUGACUCGACCUCCCUCUACCAUACAUUCCAGCGGUCCUCCUCCUCUCUGCUUUCAAAGUCCAAGAAGAAAAACAAAGGGCACCUGGCCUCCAUUAGCAAACGCCGAAUCUCUUGUAAAGACCUGGGACGAGGUGACUGUGAGGGCUGGCUAUGGAAGAAGAAGGAUGCCAGGAGUUACUUCUCUCAGAAAUGGAAAAAGUACUGGUUUGUGCUGAAGGAUGCCUCCAUAUACUGGUACAUGAACGAAGAGGAUGAGAAGGCGGAGGGCUUUGUUAGCCUUCCAGAGUUCAAAAUCGACCGGGCCAGCGAGUGCCGGAAGAAGUAUGCAUUCAAGGCCUGCCAUCCUAAGAUCAAGAGUUUCUACUUUGCUGCCGAUAGCGUGGACGAUAUGAACAGGUGGCUGAGUCGGCUGAACAUGGCUGUGGCUGGUUAUGUGGAGCGUGAGAGAAUAAGGCAAGAUCAAGACUACUGGAGCGAGAGUGACCAUGAGGACAAUGAUACCCCCUCGACCCCAAAGCAAGACAGCCCCCCACCCCCCUAUGACACAUACCCUCGCCCCCCCUCGAUGAGCUGCACCAGCCCAUACCUGGAGCCCAAACAUGGCAGAUUCUCCUCCACCGAGACCUCGCAGUCCCGCUCAUCCCAUGAGGAAUUUCGCUCCAAUCCCCCAGGGGGCAGCAGCAGCUGUGGUGGGUCGCCAGCAUGCAAGUUGACCAGCCAGCGGCGAUCGUGGCAGGACCUGAUUGAGAGCCCCCUCACUAGCUCUGGGCUGCACUACCUACAGACACUGCCCCUGGAGGACGCUGUCUUUUGUGAGCCGGACGGGUCUGGAGGCGGGGGCGUGUCCCCGGAGUACCGCCGUCAGUCCACACUCCCCGCCCAGCGGAGCCUCCUACAGGAUCAUUAUGGCCCCUUCCCCAUGGCCCAGGGGGAAACGCUGCAGGACCUAGCGGGGGCAGGGGGCAAACCCCGCAGUUUCACACUGCCUCGGGAUGGGGGCCUCUGCACCAUCCUCACCCCCUCUGCUGGCACCUCACAGCAUGGGGACCUGCACAGACGAGAGCUGGCUCGAAGUCACAGUCCAGACAUAGGUGGUGAGGGGCAGUUGGGACACUCCCUGGGAGACUCCUUGCAGGACCUGUACCGGGCUCUAGAGAAGGCCAGCCUAUCUCCCAUGGGGGAGCGCAGGCUCUGCACCAAGCUGGAGUACAAGCGCUCCUUCAUCCGCCGUUGCAAUAACCCUCAGCUCAAUGACAAGCUGCACCACCUGCGCAUCCUCCAGAGCAUGCUCAAGGAGAGGGAGGGGGAGGUAGCGAUGAUUGACAGCCUGUUGGACAAUCCCAAGCUCACAUCCUCCGCCUUCCAGGAGUGGAAGAGAAUGUACGUGGAGCUGUUUGCUGAGGCAGCCCCACAUCCCCAGCAGGGUGCUCACAAAGAGAGUGCCAGCAGGACCCCUGAAUCUGCCCCCAGAGCCCCAACACUGUCUCACACCCACUCUUACAUUGAGACACAUGUGUGAGCCCUGGCAGGGUGUCCAAUAUUGUAAAAACCUGCGACAUGCUCUCUGUACCCCGGUAUACAGGCUUAUUCUCUGCACCCCCUUGUAUACAUACACACUGUACUUGGAUUGCACAUACGUUACACCCCCAAAACACAAGCACAAGCUCUACUCACAGUGUACAUGCUAGCUCUGUACCCCAAUGUGCAUUCUCUGUACUCCCAAUCCCCACAUACUCUACAUACCCACAAUAUACUGUACACACUGUCUGUACCCCCAAUACACACACACACACACCUGCCCUGUAACCACUAAUACCCACGCAGCCCAAUGUCCCACAUGUCAUCACAUAUGUGCCAGUUGGCCCACUCACUGAAACUGUACCCACUCUUGUAGCUGCCAUUGAAGCCGUAACCAUAAUUUGGUACUCUGUUAUUGGACAGACUGGCUUUCAGUGGCCACUGAUGAGGCCUCUUCUUCUGCCAAUGAUGGAGAGCAGAAAGUGGACAUAACGGAUAAACUGUGGGGCUCUGGUGGGACUGUGGUCAUGGCUGUAGGCUGGAGGGAGAGCCUAGAUCUCUGAAUUGUCAUGGAUUUUUUCCUCCAAAAGAGGAACUUUUCUUGUACAGAAAUGGGCAUUUUAAACCAUAAGCAGCUGCAUUUGAAUAGGGCUGGCCCCCUCACAGUACUUUGUAGUGCAUCUGUCUGGUUUUACCUGUGUGAUUGAUUGUUCUGUUUUACCUUGUUUACAGAGAAUCUAGAAGAGUUUACAAACUGUCAAAAGUAUAUUCUGUGUAUUUAAUAUGCGGCUGUACAUAUUUUCCUUUAAUGACAAAGUAUGUUAUCUGAAAAAAAUAUAUUAAGCAUCUCUUCUUUUAGCUUUUUAAACUGAGAUCCACAUACCACUGCAGCUGUAAGAAUGUACUAGGGUGCAAAUAGUCUUUGGGGGAAGGGGGCAUUUUAUCAUUCUCAGUAGUGAGCACAGGAACAACAGCUCAUUGCAGGUUAGAUGUCACAAGUUGUCAUUGUGGAAUCAUACCUCCGCUGUCUGGGAAUUCAUCAUUUGUUGCUGUAAAAAAGUGGGUGUGGCUGCCAUGGCUAAUCUCCAUGCUGUUGAUAAAAGCUGUCAGUUACUAUUGGGGGGAGCUAUUGUGCAGAACAUUUCAGCAGGUCCAUAACCCUGGUGAUACAGUAAUAUUGCCAGUAAGAAGCUAGAGUACUUGCUGUUACUAUAACAAGGUAUAUGCCUUGUGGGCAGGGUUGAGGAUAAUUCACUUCAUGAAUUGGUAAUGUAAUUUGAAUUAAAAACAAACCUUCAGGAUGUAGUAUUAAAAUUUUAUUUUGAAUUACAGGAAACUGGAUUUAAUGAAAUAACAUUAAUACAAAUUCUACUUAUUAAGUUCAACAAACAUGCGUUCACCAGCUUCUAAAAAUGCGCUAUAUGUUACAGAUUACUGCAAACGAUACUAAUACCAUUUACAAUGCUACCUACCUUAUGGUACCUUACCAAGUCAAAUAGUGGCAUGAAAACAUAGUUCAUUAUAAACUGUUUCAUCGAUUAAGUAAAGCCUUCUGGGACUUCUAUUUUUCAAAUAUUUAAUAUAAUUUAAAUGAAUUCAUCAUCAACUGUAUGCAGACUUUAAGUAAUAGCAGUCUACUGCACUUAAAAAUUCUGGUUGCAUGGUGUGUUCUAUAAAAAUUUAAACUUUCAGUAUAGUAUUGAUAUUAAAGUAAUGAAUCAUUUCAAACAAAUUAAAAUCUGUAUAGAAUUGCCCCCAAACGGGCGGCAUGGUGGUGCAGUGGGUAGCACUGUUGCCUAACAGAAAGAAGGUUGUGGGUACGAAUCUUGGUUUGGGGCCUUUCUGUGUGGAGUUUGCAUGUUCUCCCCGUGUCCGGGUGGGUUUCCUCUGGGUACUCCGGUUUCCUCCCACAGUCCAAAGACAUGCAGAUAGGCCAAUUGGAUACUCUAAAUUG